AUGAAAUUUAUCGAAAUAAUCUGUUGCUCCUUGAAUUUUUUGGUGACCGCAACCCCGCAAGUCACUGUACCAGUUCAGAUCCAACCUUUGUAUCAAACCAAUGGAUAUACUCAGCUGUCUAACACUUACACGCCAUCCAAAAACAGCCCUUGUAACCAACUAGCUACAGCUCAAAAUUAUGUAGCGAGCAAUAAUCAAUAUCAACCGCUGAUAUCUAGUAUAAAUCCAAACGAAAUCGUCAAGGUCAUAUUGAGCAGAGUCUUGGCAAGUCCUCAUGUCCACAGAGUUGAAGUUCCAGAAGUAAAGCCUCAGCACAAUCCUGACGCAAAGGAACCAAUAAACACUAAUGUGCCACACGUUGUCAACAAUUAUUUUAUUGUAUCACCGGAAUACUUGAAGCUUAACGAAACAGUUUUUAAGAAAGAAAAAGAUAAAAAGCCGGAAACCAAGACGGAAGCGGUAGUUAAUAGCGACGAAAACAAAGAUAAGAAAGAGCAGGCUACUGAACCAGUAAUAAGAAAAAAAAGUAAAAAGACGAAUAACAAUAAGAAAAGUAACUCAAAUAAAGACAAAGAAGUAAAAAAUGAUAACCUGUUGAAUAGUCAAGAUACUAAAAGAGAUAAGAGCAAAAAAACAGAUAUUACAAAAAGAAAUAAGAAAGAUAAUAAAGAAUCCUGUAAAGUAGACGCAAAAACACAACCGAGGACACCAGAUGUCGACCAAAAUUGUAAAACUACUAAAAAGGAUUGCCAGACUAAAAGCACCAACAUAGUAUCAACAGACAGUUUGACACACGGUACAAAUCAAAAUGAAGAAGUAAAGAAGAUAAAUAACAAACGCACACAGCUCGAAAAUACAGAGCUCAAUUCCAAUUACUUCGAAGAUAUAUUUAAUCAUUUGCAAAUGCCUGACAUAGAUCUCGAGAAUCGAGUGACAAGAAAUUCUAAAGACGACGAAAUAGUUAAAGAUUUUCGCAAGAAAUUCCCCGAAGUGUCUGAAGAUAUAGCAUACUCUAUAUUGAAAUACGUCAAAUCUAACCUGCAAAAUACCUUCAAAGCACCCACAAACUUUCCUUACGGAUUAUAUCAAAUACCACAUAUGAGUUACGCUCCAAAAUUUGGAUUUAACGUUAGAAAGAAAAGAAGAAAACACAAAAGAAGAAAAAAGUCUAAAAGAAGACACCGACAUAAACAUAAGUGGCAAUUUCAGAGCAACGAUAACGUGAAUUCUGAUUUACACGAUGUUAAAAUGAAAGAAAGCUACAGACGAGGUAAAGAAAUUGAUGAAGAAGUUGAUCAAAUCAAUCAGAAAGCUUCGAGCGCUUGCUCUGUAGCACCAAAAGAUGUUACUAGUUCACCUAAUUUACCCGCCGAAUCAGUGGUUCAAAAGGCUUCGGAAACAUCUAAUACUACAUCAAUAAACAUUAAAGAUGAACUACCAUCAGAAAAGCUCCAGUCUCAAAUAAAUCAGACUCAAGAGUUCGAAGUAUUCAAAGAAAAACCUGUUACUGAAUUCAAAAAGGACAAAUCAGCACAACUUCCUGCAUCAAAAAGAAUUGAAACGAAUAUAGAUGUACUAGGGUAUUCUGAAGUAAAAGAUCUUUUAGGUAGUGGAGAGAAGGAGUUCUUGGAUUUAGAACAAGAAUAUAUGGUCCCAAUUAUGUACGACAAUAUGCUAAUAGACGAUUAUCAUCCUGCUUACCCAGAAGAUACUAUAUCUAAUCUUGAAAAGGAAUACAUCAUUAAGAAAUUUAAUGAUAGGCAUUACUAUACAACGGAUAGAAAUAAGGGAUCGGAUAGAAAUAAUGAAAGAAAAUUACUGCAGCAUUUGCUAGCAGAUGCAAUAUUAUUGAGACAGCAUCUGAAAGAUAGCAAAAUUUAUAAAGACAUCGAAUCUAGAAAUAUUAUAAAUCUUCUAGAAGUAUAUAAACACGCAGAGCCGUCAUUUCCGCAGCGAAUUAUAUCUAAUGUAGAUGCAAAUCCAAAAGUAAAGAUAGAAGAGUUUAAAACUCCAACAAUACUUGAGUUUCCCGAUUUUGUUACAAAGAAAAUCGAUAAAAAUAUUCUAACCCAAACGGAGAGCUUAGAUUUGAUGGAAGAUGAUAAGUCAGCAUAUUCUAAACAUAGCAACGUCAGAGUGAAGCCUGUAACAGAAAUAAGAAGGGUACUCGUCCCGUCGAAUAAGAAAGAGAAUAUAGAAACCGUGUUUGCUAAUUCCAAAGUCAUCAAAUAUGGUGGUGACGCUGAACUAAUUGAGACAGGCAGCGGCAAAGAUAUUGGCGACGAACAAAUCAGCUACGUUACUUCGAAAUCUGUUCGGUUUGAUGAAAUGUGGUAA